AAGUUUGGUGUAAUUGUUUUUGAACAUUGUUGGUUUUGUCAAGCACCACUUCACUAAGGUGAGUGAAAACACUUUGGAGCUCUGCAUGGAAAACUGAAACUGCUCAAAUAUGGCUGAAAUAGAAAGUAGUUAGAAAUCCAAUUUGUGCAGACAAAAUUACAGUGCUCCCAUGAUAUUCAAGGAUUUGAGAGGCCAGCUUUUGAUGUUCAAGACAAAGGACCUAUAAUCCCAAUUGCAGUAUAUGUACAAUAGAGAUAGAAAAAAUAGCAACAGUCAAACAUAAUAUAUUGAGGGGCCUCUUAAGACUAAAUCAUAAGUUAAAACUGUGGAAAGACAAUUAAUUUAUAAAUAGCCAGUGUAACUCUAUCCGGCUGCUGCUUCUAACAAUGUGGUAACACAAGAAGAGAGUGUCUGUGUGAGGAUGUGUUGUCAGCUGCCUUUGACCUGCGACACUAUUUUUUAAGUCAAGGUAACAGUUUGACAGAGCUGCUGCUUCUCUGUCGGCGCUAAAGCUGACAAGCCGACAGGUGUUGUCAACAUCAGGGUGUUGUUUGGUCCGGUGCCCUAUCGGCCGGCUUCUUCCCCUCACGCCUGUUGAUCCUUGACCCAAAUUCCACUGUGUUUGGAUGUGGAGGAGCAAUGUGAUCCCACUGAUGACCCUCUAGGCAUUUAAUACUGAUCCCCAAGUCAUAUGCCCCAGAAUAAAGAUGCCUGCCAAGGCCCUCGAGAUGUCAUGGUUCAUAGACUCAGAUGGGCAGAGAUCCAGCUGCCUCCAGGUCUAGAUCCUUCCAUGUUUAUUACUUGCUCGCCCCACAUUUUUACAGUAAAAAUCUGAGAACUGUUUAACAUGAUCAUUCCUGCAACAAACUGAUCAAUCAUGUAUGCACAUUGGCCUGUAAAGAUCCAAAAACUGUCUCAUAAUAAACUAUAAAAUAUUUUUAAAUACGGUUAGAAAUUGAAAAAUAGCAAUGUAAAAACAUUUAGUGCAUCAACCCCUUAACUUUUUGUUAGGUCUCACUCAUUAAAAUGUCUGGAAUCUCAACUACAAGCGAUACAGUACACUUUAUAUAGCAGCCUGUUUGGUUAUAUGAGGAAUCACUCCUGCCACUCUAAUAUUCACAUACACGAGGAGAGGGAGGCAGGAGAGGAGCAAACAGACAACACAGCUGCUGUCUGCAGGCAGGAUAAGACGUGGUGCUGCUUCCAACAAUACACGAGCCACUACUGUAUGUGCACCUUUCUGCUGAAACUUUGCACAAAGUAAGUGACCUGCAAUUGUUUGUCUUCUAGAGGUGUAAAUGUUUUAAGAGAUUGGAGGCAUUAGUGCAGAUUAUAGGGAUAAUGGAUAGUAUGUCAAUAGCUAGUCUGUGCCCCCAGAAGCAGUGGAAUGACUGGAAAAGAGAGAUGGAGGAGAACAGGAGGAAAAGACUGUGGGAGAGGAUUAGACGCUGGGUUAAAGUGGAGGCGAGUGAUGAGGAAGAAGAGGACAGUGUAGAUGAGGACACAGACGGCUGCGAAGAGGAUGGGAGUGAGGAAGACAAUGAACCAGCGGGAAAAGGAGAAGAGGAGGAAGUAAUGGAGGUGAAGGAAGCAGAGGAAGUCGAAGAAGUGGCAGUAGAAGGAGAAAGCAGUCAGAAGAAAGGGCUUAAAAAGAAUAAUGGAGAUGAAGAGGAAGACAGGGAGAUGAGUGAAGUGGGUGGAAGGACAGGUGUAGAGGAAGAGGAGGUGAAGAGGGAAGUUAAAGACAAUGAUGAUUCAGUUGAGGAUGAGGAGAAAGAGGUCAAGGAAGAAGGGGAAAAUAAGAAAUGUGAGGAGGAAAGGGAAGAUGAGGUGGAGAGUGGGGUUGAGGACAAAGAGGAGGUGGUAGAGGAGGAACAAUGGGAGCUGAAGGAAGUAGAGGAAGACAAAGAAGAGGAGGUCAAAGGAGAGAGUGAUCUGGAGAAGGAGCUUAAAGAGAACAUAACAGGAAAUGAGAAGGACAUAGAGAUGGAUGAAGCAGAUGAAAAAGUAGAUAUGGAGGAAGAGGAGGAAAAGGAAGAAAAUGAGGAGAUGGAGGUUAAGAAGAACAAGCAGGUGGAUGAUGGGGAGGAGACAGAGGUAAAGAAAGCAGGAGAAGUUAAGAAAGUGGAGCAACAAGGAGGAGAUGAGAUGGAGAGAUGGGUUAAGAAGAAAGAGGAUGAGGAGAAAGAGUGGGAGGCGACUGAAGCAAAUGAAUUUGAAGAGUCUGAGGGUGAAAGUUGCCAGGAGGAGGGGCUUAAGAACAAAAAAGGAGACAAGCAGAUGACUGAAGCAGACGAAAGCGUGGACGUAAAGGAAGAGGAGGGACAGGAAGAAAAUGAGAUAGAGAAGGAGGCGAAGGAGAAUGAAGAGGUAGAUGAGGAGGAAGAGUGGGAGAUGAAGAAGGCAAAGGAAAUGGAGGUAGAAAGAGAAAAGGUAAAGAGGGAGGUUGGUGAGAGUGAGAAGGAUGAGGAGCUUCAGGAACAAGUGCAAAGUGGAAUAUAUCACCUAGAAGAACAAGUCACAGAACAAAUACCAGUUGAGAACAUUCAGCAAAACCAGGAAAGUAUCGCACAUGAAAAUGACAUAGUCAGUGAUUUAGUAGAGUCAAUGAGUGAAGACUUGGAGAGACUUAAAGUUGAAAACCGAUAUGCUGAGAAGCAGCGUGAAGAUUCGAAUGAAUUAGAAGAUCCUGGUGAAAAGUCGUGGAGAAGUGAAAAUGAACUCUUUGGAGCUUGGACUACCCAGGAAAGGAAUGAAGAAGGUGAAAGUGAGAAACUGACAGAUGAAGAAGGAACUGCAACAGAAUCUUGGAUAACUCAAGAGGAGUUUCAAGAUUAUCUUAAAAGUCUUCAAGAUGAAGAUUCUAAAGAUGAAGAGGAAGCAGCGCAAUCGAUGGAUGAGGAUGGGGAUGGUAGUGAUGAAGAUGAGGUGAAGGUUUAUAGCAAAGAUGAUUACCCCACAGACAUAUUCCUUGCCUUGAAUGAGUUCAGGGAUUCCUCUCUUCUUACCGAUCUUACUUUGAUCACAGAUGAUGGAAAAACCUUCCAAGUCCAUUCUCCUGUCCUGGCUGCUGUAAGCUCCCUUAUCUGGAAAUAUCUCAAUAGAAGGAAAGCAGAAAACACAAGAGCUCAUAAAAAACAAAAUGAUGACACAAAUGCAGGAGCCCAAAGGUGGUCAGUGUAUCUGGGUCCAGAGGUGGAUCACAUUGGAUUAAGGGCGAUCGUGGAGUUUGCCUACACUGGACUCAUAUCAAAUCUGAACAAGGACAAAGUGAACCAGAUAAGGGCUGCAGCUCAAGCACUGGGUGUGAUUAGGGUCCUGAAUCUCUGCACCCUGCAAGAGGAGGAAUCCACAAAAACUGGAGGGCAGAAGAAAAAGGAACGGACCUCUGCUGCACAAGAAAUGAUGAUUAGUCUUGAGUCCAUCAAGCAACUGUGGAUGGACCGAGUGGGCUGUGAUGUGAUUCUGCAAGCUCUUGGGGAUUCGAUUCAUGGUGAGUAGA